AUUGCAUGCACAUGCAUCUUUCUCAUCGGGGAAAUUCCCGGCCAUGAGUAAAUGAUUAUAAACAAUGUCUGUAAUUUAUAAUUGUCAAGUUCCUCGUCUGGUGUUCGUCCUGACCUGAAUUGGAUGAAGCAGGAUUUAGGGACCAGCGAACAAGAUAUACGCACAACUGUUGUGCAAUACUACCCGCCUUUGCAAAUUUCCGAGGUGUUGCAACCAUCGCCGCAUAGUACGUGACACCUUAUGAACGGUUGCAAGCAGCGAUUACAGCCCUUCAUUUUCUGUGGUCAGGAAAAGAUACAUGUACGUAGUUUCUGGCUCUACACAGUCUCCAGGAGGUAGGCCUACCGUGACCAAUUUGAAGAGUCAUCAUUUAAUAUCUUUAGUCUUCCGAGUGCAUUUCCAUGCAACUUGAGUCCGUUGAAACUGAUCGCUGCGACACGAAACGGUGAAUGAUGGCUACUGCUUCUGCUAAAACUAAGGUAGGGUUGCCUUGGUGCACGGCUAUGAGUCCAAGGGAGCUGGAGACCUGGUAUAACGAAAACAUCCAGCAUGGGACUGACGACUUUGACCGAGACUGCCGCAGAGCCGUGGACGAGGUGGUGCGGUCUGUCCAUAGGAUUUGCUCUUCGAAUGGCGUUUUAUUUGACGUGGACAGAGUUAUCAAGGGCGGAUCUCUUGGAAAAGGCACCAUGGUCAAGGAUUUGUCCGAUGUAGACCUGAUUGCUUUCAUCAACCCGCCCCACCUCAAGCCGAUCGUCACAUUGGGCCCCACACACUACCGGAAACAGCUGGAGGGAGUGAUCCGGGACUUGGAAGGGGCGCUGCGCCAGUUGUCCUUCGUUAAGAAUAUCAGCAGAAACGACUUCUUGGUCAACUUCACCAUCGGAAACUUGGGCCCCACAAAGCGGUCGCUUGGCGUGGACCUACUGCCCACCGCCGACAACUGUCUGGGGCACGGUAGAGCUCACUCUGAUAUGUUCAGAGCCAUGCUGCAAUUACCUAACGGCUACGACCGGGAAUUCUACUCCGCCUCCUUGGCCGAGCAUCAGCUGAAGUUCGUGGCGGAGAAGCCGGGCUACGUGAAGGCGCUGAUCCGCCUGGUGAAAUACUGGGCCUACGAGUGCCUCCCGGAAAAACUGCAGACGUCCUACCCGCUGGAGUUGAUCACCAUCUACCGCUGGGAGAAUGCCGGGAAACCUGUUCACUUCAGCAAGGCGCAGGGGCUGAAGGACGUCCUGCAGGUGCUGACGAACUUGAGAGGGCUACGCCACUUCUGGACCUACCUCUAUGACGCGUCGUUGGCGAAUCAGGCGAUCAAGCAACUCGACUAUGUGAAUCCGAUAGUUCUGGACCCAGCCAACCCAAACAAUAACGCGUGUUGGGUGUACCAGAAGAGAGGCAACAAUGUCCGUGAGGUUGAGGAUUCCGCUCGAGCUACCUUGAAGUGCGCUCUUCUGAAAGAUGUCGUCGUCACGCCCAACUGGGGAGCCUAACUUCACAGUCUGGCCAGAAACAAUUCACGUAAUGCCGCAAAAAUGAUAAUAAAUACAUGUAGGUAAAUUAGGCUGAGUCACUGAUCUUCCCAUGUUGACUAAAUAACGCUAGAUCAAGAGCUAAAGUCACUAGCAUGACUGAUGUCAAUGAGAGACUCGAGCUUUCAGUCAUAGUUGGCUGUCAAAUCCGGACUUUUACAGGCCGUGUUGCACGGACUCAGUGUUUUAAGGAAACAUUUCCGCCAGUGGAAUUACUGUCAAACAUGUCCCAUAUCUUUAGCUAAGGAAUUAUUUAGUUAUCUCCCCAGUACUGCGCGAAAAGUUGGAAAAAUUACAGCACCUCAUCUUGAAGCCGACUUGGUGGUAUUUAUCUUUGAUUGACCAAGCAAUCGAGUCAUAAUUAAGUGGCUUAAGUUGUCUUGUGCGUCCAACGCUAUCCAGUUAAAAAAUAGAGUUCAAUGAGACGCGUUGAAAUUACAUUGGAACACUGUUACAACAAAAUCCUUGGUAUGCAAAUUUCCAUGCUACAAUAUUUACCUUGUAUUAUCAGUAAUGGAAAACACAGAAAAACAAAGACAUGGGACCUAAAAGUGUCUUUGUUAUAAAUAUGACCUUACAGUGCUCUUCUUAUCUGUGUUCAACUGUACUUUGUUUGGCUGGGAAUGAGGUUAACCCAGUUCGAAAGUGUGACGUCACUUUAGUUUAAACCACGCCCACUGCACAUAGUGCAACGUAAAAUCACGGAACCAGAAGUUAACUUGAGAGCUCAUCCGGAGCUUACAGUCAGUGGUGCGUUCGCGUGUAUGACGAAGUCACUUAAGAACCGAAUAGCAAGCAGCUACCGCUGUUUUCCCAGAGGUUUGUGUCUUACUACCAGCGAAGACCAAGGUAUGCCAAGUACCGGUAGUGUUAAGCUGGCUUUUGUCGUAGUGGUAAACCGAGGAAGGCUCAAAUGAGAUUAGAUUCGUUAAAUUCUGCAAAAGUUUCACAGCGGAAAAAAAAAGGAGCAAUAGGAACUAAUUUAGGUGAAUAAAAGGGUUGCCAAGAGCGGAUCCAGAACAAGAUUUUUGGGGAGCAAAAUAUUGUUUUGAGGAGCAGGAGAGUAUUGACCAUUUUAAUGUAACCUAGAUAUAGGCUUAUCGGGGUAAUUUGGUGCUUUCUACGAGCUUUUGGAAGGAAAGGAAAAGAAACAGACCAACGUAUUGCUUCUCUCUCUUUAUUAAAAGGUUCUUUGCUGCUUUCUUUGGGGGCUUGAGAAUCCACCACCCCCCGAUUCGCCACUGAUUAGAGCACAUCGUUACCAAGGUAAAUGAGCAUUUGAAGCGGACAUAUUUAGAACCUUUUAUUUCCUUUUUUUAUUCCUUAAGUACAUACGAGUGAGUCUGUUAAAUUGAAAUUAUUUGUUCAGGUUUACGCAAAUUAGUAAUUGAAAUGAAUUAAAUUCGAAAAUUGUAAGCCCUUUGUACGGUAAGUACCAGUCUCCUCAUUGAAAGACAGAUAAGGGGACACAAUGCAUUAGCCUACAUACCCUCACGAGCUCUGCCUAGAUUAGGAACAUUGAGUAAAACAGAGGUUUUUUAUGCAGUGAUAUUUAGCAUCGCCACCAGGCCUUUUUCGUUCUUGGUAAUAUUCUAUUUUUAUGCUCAAGGUUAUUUUUGGCAAUGCGACUUUAUUUGUGUAAUAUUGAAUUUUCACCAGCACGAGCAGCCAUCUCUCACACAGUUGACUCACUGCCUCAAUCAGUCCUAUUUUAUCCUAUAACAUCUCGCUUUAUGUGACAGCCAGUAUCAAUAUACUCAUACUGAAUAAUAAAGAGUCAUUGGAUUGAAAGACUAGUUAAAUUUGCAUGCAAAGUAACAGACCUGUUCGGGAAUAUUUACAUCGUGCUUGUGAAUAAUGUCUCAUUUUGCAUCUUGAGUUGAUCUUGGCAUUACAUGUAUUGUGACUUUAGAUGGAAUAUUGCUGAUACGGGGACAUACGGUUCAUGGGGGUUCACUGCCUCCUUAAACAAUUGAUUGAUCUGGAAGAUGGCCCAAGGCGACUGGUCAUAAUUUCUCUUGUCAUUAUUAUAUAUGUCUUUGAUCUCACUAUCAGCCGUUAACCCUGACUAGUGAAAAAAUGAGAAACAGAGGGGAAGCGCAGUUUUAUUGAUAUCUCUCAAGCCUUUAAUCAGUCAAAUUGGAGACUGGAGGGUGAGGCUACGGUUGAAUGGCUAGGCCUGCACAUGAUACUGGGAAUGAAGGAUUCAUUUUGCUCAGCAGAAGCGGACCAAGAAGGGACAAAAUACAGCGACAAGGUCCCCAUUCACGAAUUUAGGGUCACACCUCCGAGGAAAACUAAGACUUCAGAGGCCUGAUGUUGUAAUGACUUGUUCAAAACAAGAGCUACCCUGGCCGCCUGCAGCUAAAAAAUUGGUUUAAAAGUGGUUGGAUUUUCUUACAACUUAACUUCCGACAAAUUCUGAAAUGGUAAAUGACCUUAGUAGUGCUUGUCACAGUAGGUUUAUAUUUGUCAUAGUACUUCUUUGAAAUAAUGACGUUCAAAAACUGUACACUUUACGUUUCACUUGACUCCAAAAGAUUCCAAACAGUUUUCAGAAACUGAAGAAGAGUUUAGACGUGCACAAAAAAGUGAUUCUUAGAGAAAACAUUGCAUCGUUUCUCUGAAGAAAGUAGGAUAACUAUUAAAGCUAUAGGUAUAGACAGAAACCGUUGUGGAUUAAAAUACCUGCGAAAAACAAGAUAAUUUAAAUAAUUUAUCAUAUCUGCAAAGCUUUUCGAACUGUGUGUGUUUAUGCACGAGAUUUUCACUUAAUCGUUGUACUAAAUUAGUUUCCACUCUUUUAGGAGAAAUUUCUUCAGAUAUUAUUUUUAACCAUUACCGGUAACUGACCCCGAAUGAAGUAGUGAAGAGAUGCUAUUUCAGAAUAAUGGUUCUUGAUGCUUAACAGUGGAGAGAUAUUCCGAUGUCUUUGCACCACAAAGAUCUAAGUUCCUUGUAUUUCUUGUAUAAUACUGAUAGGUAUCCUUCGUAAAAAGAAUGCAAAGCGAAGAAGGUAAUAAAUUCCUAAAAAAGUAAGGA